AUGGCGUGGCACGGAAGCACCACGGUAAUGAUACAACACCUCAAAAGAAAACAUGUCGGAGUCAUCCAUGACGAGGAAGGGGGCUCGACAGCAGGAAAAAAACAACCAACAAUGAGUGGCUUCCUGAUUGGAAGAACAUCAUGUACACCACAGCAAGCAUCUGUCUUGACAGAUAGCGUCCUUAACAUGCUAGUCACUGACAUGAGGCCUCUGUCAAUGGUUGAAGAUGACGGCUUCAGGACGAUGAUUCACACCUUCUAUCCUGGUUACACUCUUCCCUCAAGGACCCAUUUCACUAGGCUUAUGGAGAGAAAAUAUGAGCAGACAUUCAAUGCAGUGAAGACUGCUUUGAACAACGGCAACAACAGCAAACUUGCUCUCACCACUGAUGUUUGGACAAGUGUAGCCAUUGAGGCCUACCUCGGUGUUACUUGUCACUACAUCACAGACGAUUGGGAAAUGAAGUCAAUCUGCCUCACUACCAUGCCACUGCAGGACAGACAUACUGGAUCCAACAUCGCCGAAUGGUUGGAAGAAGUUGUAGCCAGGUUUGAAAUCCCUCCUAGCAACAUCAUUGCCGUAGUCCAUGAUAAUGGUGCCAAUGUUGUGGCUGCGGCACGCAUCCUGGAGGAGAAGAAUGGGUGGUCCUCUGUGCGUUGCACUGGUCAUACCUUGCAACUUGUGAUCAAUGCUGCGUUAAAGCAUCCGAGCAUUGAAAAGGCUGUUGGGGCUGCAAGAUGUCUCGUGGAACAUUUUAAAAAAAGUGAGCUAGCCAGCGGUAAGCUACGAGCAAAACAACAACAGAUGGCCACACCUGAGCACAGCCUUGUUCAAGAUGUAAGCACAAGAUGGAACAGCACCUUUUAUAUGGUCAGUCGACUGAUUGAGCAAAGAUGGCCUGUAACAGCAACACUGUCUGACAUCUCUGUCACACAGAAAGGAAAAAGGUACCUUGAUUUGAAACCAGAACAGUGGAUCCUGCUAGAAGAACUUUUAAAAGCCCUAAAGCCUUUUGAAUGUGCCACUGUGUUCAUGAGUGCAGAGAAAUACACUACAAUAUCUGCAAUACCUCCACUUGUGAAGGGGCUAUUGAAGUCCACCGAGAGUGCUGCCUACGAGUCGGGCCCGUUGCAGGCUUUUCAAGUCACUGCUACCAAUCAGCUCCAGGAGCGAUGGAAAAGGGAGACUACCUUUUCAGACACAGCAGCAGCAAACACAGUGAUUCUUGCGUCAGCAUUUGACCCAAGGUUUAGGAAACUGAAGUUUCUUUCCCCUGAAGAAAUCCUUUGUGUUCAAAACAAAGUGCAAAGACUGGCGCUUGGAGAGAUGGAGAGGAAUUUGCAGCAGCCCGACACUUCCUCCGAUACAGCUUCUGCAUCAACAACUCCUACCACACUACUUGAUUCACUCCUUGGUUCCAGCAGUGAAGAAGGGGAUGGAUCAAGCGGAGAUGAUGAUGUCAACACAAAAGUACGGGAAGAAGUCCUCAGAUACUUUGGAGAAAAGAAACUUUCAAAGGAAGAAAACCCAUUGCAGUGGUGGAAAAACAACAUGGACAAAUAUCCGAUAAUGGCCAGGCUAGCCAAGUCCUACUUGUGUAUCCCUGGCACCUCAACACCAUCAGAGCGGCUGUUCUCUGCCGCAGGCAACAUAGCUUCAAAGAAGAGAGCCAGCCUUAGCCAGGAGCAUCACAGCUUUGCUCUGUCAAACCCCAGAAAGGAAGGUGGGACUGCAGGCCCACUAAGCGUUGUGUUAGCCCGAUCGCCGAUGGUUGGGGGAGUGUUGUUGCAGCAGUGCUACGAGGUCGCUAACCCAGUUAGGGUGCCCAGGAGUUUGGGAGGGCAGACUAAGCAUCCACUUCCCAUCUACUCCCCCGUGUGGCCCGGUGCUGCUGUUCCAACACCCCAGACCCGCUGGACUCUGGUGGAUCUCCAAGCCUUCGCUGGACCAAAGACAUGA